AUGCUUUCUGAAAAUAGUUUGGUCAAGCACAAUGACGACAACUCACUUGAUCAAUGUACUAUUCGUGAUCCUCUUCCAAUAUUGCACAAGUAUCACCAGUUGGGGGAUUUUAUUAUAGGUGGCAUUCUUUCCCAGAUCUACAUCUUUUUUGAUCUGUUAACUUUCAAGCACCAUCCUUCCCAGACUGCAGUUGGUGAGCCCAUCUAUUUCAGCACAACCAAAACAUAUCAGGCCUCCAUGGAACUCCUCUCCGUACUGGGCAGAUUCAUUCCCAACUACAAGUGUGCCUCCCUCAGCAAUCCGGUUGCUGCCAUUGGGGGACCGAGUGCUAGUUUCUGUCUGGAUAUGGCACCCAUUCUGAGCACCUACAAGAUUCCACAGGUAACCUAUGCUUCUACACCGUUUAUGAAUGACCAAAGUAAACCUGCUUUUUUCCACCACAUGUUUCCAAAUGGGGCCCAUCAGUAUAUGGGGAUCCUCCAAUUAUUGCUGCAUUUCAGUUGGACCUGGAUUGGGGUGAUGUACACAGAGGAACUAUAUGGGGAGAGUUUAUUACAUGAUGUGCUUCCCAUGUUUUCCGAGAGAAACAUCUGCUUUGAUUUCAUAGAAAAAUUUCCUUCCUUAGUGUUUUUCUCUCAGAUUGAAGAUAUGAUGUCAGAAGCGAGGGAAUUGUUAAGUGUCGCCAUGAGAAGCUCAGCCAAUGUAUUUGUUGUCUUUGGGGGAAGUCAAACCAUGGCAAUGAUGAGAGGAUUGCUUCACUUCUCUGCAUUUGUCAAUGUACCUGAGAAUACAAAGGUCUGGAUUAUGACUGCCGAGGUGGAGUUCACAUCAGUUGGUGUUCAAAGAGGAUGGAGCAUACACUCCAUCCAUGGGGCAAUCUCUCUCUCCAUUCCUUCCAAGAAUGUGCCUGAAUUCCAGAAAUUUAUUCGGAUGAGAAACCCUACAUUUGAAAAUGGAGAUGGCUUCAUAAAGGACUUCUGGGAAAAUGCAUUUGCCUGUUCUUUCACCCAAUCCGUGGAGGAGGAGUAUGAAGAGAAAAUUUGCUCUGGGAGGGAGAAACUGGAGAAUCUUCCCAAUACCGUUUUUGAAAUGAGCCUGACUGACCACAGCAGCAGUGUGUAUAAUGCUGUUUAUGCUGUAGCCUAUGCCUUACAUGCUGUGCAUUUGCAACGAUUCAAGAGAUCAGUCUUGGGUGAUCAAGAAAGGCAGAAACUUCUGCAUCAAAAGCCAUUGCUGCUCCACCUCUUUCUAAGACAGGUUUCGUUCAACAGCAGCACUGGGGAAAAGGUUGCCUUCAACCAAAAAGGGGAGUUAAUAGCUGGAUUUGAUAUUAUCAAUUGGGUCACGUUCCCAAACCAGUCCUUCCUCAGAGUCAAAGUUGGGAAGAUAGACCCUGUGACUUCCUCACACAAAGUGCUCACUAUCCAUGAAGAGGUCAUCAUAUGGCCCAGUCUGUUUAACCAGACGCUGCCGCUUUCCCUGUGUAAUGAGCCGUGCCUGUUGGGUCAUAGUAAGACAAAGAAAGAAGGGAAACCAUUUUGCUGCUAUGAUUGUGUUCCUUGUCCAAAAGGGAAGAUUACAAACCAGACAGACAUGGAUUACUGUUUCCAAUGUCCCGAGGAUCAUUAUCCUAGCAAAGACCAAGACUCAUGUCUUCCAAAAGACAUCAGCUACCUGUCUUAUGAAAAGCCUUUAGGAACUUCUUUGGCUACUUUGGCUCUUUCCCUUUCUUUCAUCGCAGCUUGGGUCUUGGGAACUUUUGUGAAGCACCAGAACACACCUAUUGUGAAGGCCAACAACCGCAGCCUCUCCUACAUUCUCCUGGUCUCUCUCUUCCUGUGCUUCCUUUGUGCUUUGCUCUUCAUUGGAAGACCUGAGAAAGGGACAUGCCUCAUUCGUCAAGCUGCAUUUGGCUGCAUUUUCUCAGUGGCUGUUUCUUGCGUGUUGGCCAAAACCAUCACUGUGAUUCUGGCAUUCAUGGCUACCAAGCCAGGGUCCAGGAUGAGGAAAUGGGUCGGGGGGAAACUGGCCAGCUCGAUAGUAAUUUCCUGCUCGCUCUUUCAAGCCACUCUUUGCACUGUCUGGCUUGCAACCUUUCCUCCCUUCCCACAUUUUGAUAUGCACUCAGAAACUAGAGAAAUCAUUCUGGAAUGUAAUGAAGGGUCAGUGGCCAUGUUCUACUGUGUCUUGGGCUUCAUGGGGUUCUUGGCAGCUGUGAGCUUCACUGUGGCCUUCCUAGCCAGGAAGUUGCCAGAUAGUUUCCAUGAAACCAAAUCCAUCACUUUCAGCAUGCUGGUCUUCUGCAGUGUAUGGAUGACCUUUGUGCCCACCUAUUGGAGCACCAAGGGGAAAUAUAUGGUGGCUGUGGAAGUCUUCUCCAUCUUGACCUCCAGUGCUGGCUUACUGGGAUGUAUCUUCUUCCCCAAAUGCUACAUCAUUGUGCUGAGACCUGAUUUGAACAAGAAGGAGCAACUCAUGAAGAGAAAAUACUAA